GGAAGGACCUUGGUCGUGAUUCUGUUGGUAAACGUAAUAAACAUUGGUUGAAGUCAGCGAAGGGAUGCUGAGAAUAAAAUCUUUACACCAAAAGUAACGGAGUGCCGAGUGAAUUGUGCUUAAUUCAAUGGUACAUUUUAGGUGAAUUGCAACCGAAUCUGACGAAAGCAGUAGCAAAGAAAGUACUGGAAACAGUCCCUUAUCCAUCAGAAUCUUUCCGAUAUCGGUCAACACAUAUCGGCCCAGCAGGGAUAAUUGGUCAAGUGUCCAGCUGCAGCACAAUCAUGGAGCACCAAAAUACAAAACCUAAUGAGGAGAUCAAACUAGAAGAACCCGUCGAAUUCAAUACCUCUCUACAGUUAAAGGUGGAAGAAAUCGAGAUCAUAGGUACACUGCCUGAAAUAGAGCCCGGACAGCCGCCAGCAGAUGCCGCUAGCCAUCAAUGUGAAUUUUGUGACAAACAUUUCCAAUCUAUUAACCUGCUCAACCAGCAUCAAUUUAAUCAUCCUUACAUAUGCGAUUUGUGUGGAAAAGAAUAUCGUACGCGUAAUGUUAUCAGAGACCAUAUGAAAUGGCAUAGGGAAAAGUCUCACAAAUGUGAUGUUUGUGAGAAGGCAUUUCACGCAGUCGGUCUGCUCACUAGACAUAAGAAAACCCACAUUUCUAAAUCAUCCCUUAGCUGCCCAGAUCCUUACAUAUGUGAUUUGUGUGGUAAAAAAUAUCGUGAGCUCAAUCAAAUCAGAAUUCAUAUGAGGGUUCAUAGAGAAAAACCUCACAAAUGCAAUUUGUGUGAGAAGGCAUUUUUCACAGAAAGAGAUCUUAAUGAACAUAAAAAUCUUCACUCGAACGAUAAACCAUACAACUGUAAAUUGUGUGGAAAGGCAUUUCACAUGCAGACUCAGCUACGAAGCCAUACGAUUAAUCACUCGAGUGAGAAACAUUUCAAUUGUAAUGUGUGCGGCAAAGCAUUCGCUAUGUCCUGGAAUAUCGCGAUCCAAAAUGGAAUAGACAUGAACACGGACAAACUUACUGCGUGUAGCGAACAUGAAUCUUUUCGCCUAAUUAAUACAACAUGUGAUAUAUGUGGAAAAGAAUGUCGUACGUUCGUACAGCUGAAAGUACAUCUGAAUGCUCACACUGUAAAAUCCCAUAAAUGUGACGUGUGUGAGGAAGGCUUUGGUUCUAUUCAGCGACUCAAAGAACAUAAAAGAAUUCACUCAAAUGAAGAAUCAUAUGUGUGUGAAUUAUGUGGAAAAGUAUUUCGCAUGCGAAGCCAGCUGAAAACUCACAAGCUUACCCACUCCAAUGAGAAACCAUUCAAGUGUGAAGCGUGUGACAAAUGCUUUACUAUGCGCUAUCAACUAAGACAGCAUCAGCGUGUGCAUACAGAUAUGAAGUACAAAUGCGAGAAGUGUGGUAAAGAAUUUAAAUUGUUGAAUACCUUAGAACAGCACUGGACUAUUCACACAAACGAAAAACCGUACGUAUGCAAUGUGUGCGGUAAAGCAUUUCGCCUCAAAGCUGGUCUCAAAAUUCACAUGUACAGUCACACAAAUGAAAAACCAUACAAAUGUGACGUUUGUGGCAAAGACUUUGCUGUGAGAGGCGCUUUUAACGUACAUAUGCGGAUACACACAAAAGAAACACCGCACAAAUGUGAAGUGUGUGGAAUGGAAUUUAGUGGAAAAUACCUCCUCCGAAAUCAUAUGUAUCUUCACACGCACGAAAAACCACACAAAUGUGAGGUAUGCGGACAAGGAUUUCGCCUAAAGUGCACCCUCAAAAAACAUACAUAUGUGCACUCAAAAGAGAAACGGUUUAAAUGUGAACUAUGUGGAAAAGGAUAUCGUGUAUGGGAUCAUCUCAAAACGCACAUGUAUAUUCACACAAACGAAAAACCUUACAAAUGUGACGUAUGUGGAAAGCAUUUCCGUUCUAAACCGAACCUCCAACUCCAUAUGUUUGUUCACUCGAAAGAAAAACCUCACGAAUGUGAAGUAUGUGGAUUAACUUUUAGCUCUAAAAGAGCCCUCACACAACAUGCAAAGACUCACACAGACCUAAAACCGCACAAAUGUGACAUAUGUGGGAAAGAGUUUCGUGUAAAGUACUGCCUCAAAACUCAUAUGUAUUUUCACACAAACGAAUAUCCUUACAAGUGCGAAGUGUGUGGAAAAAAAUUUCGUGAGAAUCAUCUCCUCAAAACCCAUACUAUUUUGCACACAAACGAGAAACCAUAUAAAUGUGAAGUGUGUGGAAAAGAACUGCGCGCAAAACCCUGCCUCAGAUCCCAUAUGUAUAUACACAGGAACGAAUAUCCUUACAAAUGCCAAGUGUGUGGAAAGCAAUUUCGUCAGGGUCAUCUCCUCAAAACCCAUAGGUAUGUUCACACAAAUGAAAAACCGUACGCAUGUGAAGUGUGUGGAAAAGGAUUUUAUCAUCUCAAUACCUUCAAAAGUCACAAGCCAUGUAAGAGUCAGAAGUCCCUUCCUUGAAGAUUCUUGAUACUACCGCGUAAUUGUAUGAGUUUUUAAAAUAUAAAGCAGGAAAUGUU